ACACAUCUGCUUUUUAAUAAUAAUAUUAAAUAAAUAUAAUGUAUUUAUUUUUUAAGAUAAUUUAUUGCUAAAUAACCAACAAUCACAGAUUGUUAAUUAAACGGACUUCCCCUUUAAAUAAAGAAGAACAGUUUAACGGCCCGUUGCCAUGACCACCGCAAUGCUAACAUGUCCGGAGAAGAGGAACAAGCAGCAGAGUUCCUGCAGUGGGACGCCUUGCCAGUGCAAUUAAUACAGGAGCUGCAAGAACACAGCGCGGAGGAGCUUCUGCAUAAAAUGGAGAACAUUCUGGGUUUCACAAACCACCGGACCUGUAUCAGAGAGGCUGUCCUCCUUCAGUACUAUUUGUCUGGAUUCUGGUGGGCUAAAGAUACCAAGUUUAGCCCCACACAGAUCUCUUUCACCAUGGCUGUACUCCAUGUACUGCUGGAAAAUCUAAGAGAAAAACAGAUGAGUUCAGUGGAUAAUAUGGUGGUGUUCAUGAAAGCCAUGACUGCUGCCUGCCACUGUGCUCCUUCUGAAGAAGAUGACGCUUCACUUUUGAACAAUAAUGAAGCCAAAGCACUGAUAUGCUAUGUUACAAAAAGUCUUAUUCUGAAAUACAAACUAUAUGAACUUCUCUUCAUGAAAUCCACAGAGGAGCGUCUGACAGGGAUGGAGAGGACCAUUCAGAGAUUCGGCUGUCAAGAUGCUCAUACCUCACUGGAGGAAAGUAUUUCCACCUACUUCUACUUUAAGUAAAUAAAUUUAAAAUUUCAUAUAACAUAAAUAAAUACCUUGUAUGACUUUGGGUUUUUAAAGCACAAAACUGGCUAAAUAUGGUCAGAUGUCUUUUUACAGUAAAAUAUAAUAAAACAGUAUCAUUUCCAAAGCUUCAUGUGUACCUGAGUGAAAAAAAUACUUUGGUAUAUUUCAAACAUACGUAUAUUUGUGUAAGUACAUUUUAAUUAUACUAAGUAUUAAGUGUACUACAUAUAAAUAUAUACAAAGUACACUAACAGCAUGAUUGUACUAAUUUUGACAUAACUUUAAACACACUUAAAUAUAAUUG